UCAUUCAUACUCCGAUCUACGGUUCUCGCCACCAAGUUUGUUGCCUUCCCAAGAGGUGUUCAACUUUUCGGGCUGAGUUAUGCGGGAUGCCGCUGCUUCAUGGUGUUAUUUCAUUAUACCUUGGCCGCCAACUACUGCUGGAUUUUAAUGGAAGGCUUCUAUUUGUACAACCUCAUCUUCAUGUCGGUCUACGCGGAUAAUUCCAAAAUCACCAAAUAUGUCACCAUGGGCUGGGGCUUGCCAGUACCCUCCGUAUUAAUUUGGAUCAUCGUAAAUGCAAUCAUGAGCAACACUGAUUGUUGGGUAACGAGCCCACUAGCAGUGACAUGGAUUCUUCGUGGACCAAUAACAUUUUCAAUUGUUUUAAACUUCUUUUUCUUCCUAAGGAUAACUCGGGUGGUAUUUUUGAAAAUGUCCUCAGCAUCCUUUCGGGAAAGUCGACAUAUGCGUUACAGAAAAUGGUUUCGAUCGACGUUGUUGCUGGUUCCUCUUUUCGGGGCUCACUACACUAUCCUUUUCAUCGUAUCGCUUAUAGAUAAUGAUCUGGUGCAGAUUUACUGGCUUUAUAUCGAUCAAAUAUUCUCCUCGUUUCAGGAAACAACGUGCACUGGGCGUUCAUAUACGCUUAGUGACAUAACCGUCCCGUAUACCACAAGUCAUCUUUUCCCAAGAACAACGAUGUCUCGCCAAACGCAAAAAUCUGUAUCUAAUCCACUUCCAAGAAUUCAAGAUGAUGCGCCACCCCAAGAGUGUACAGACUUGGUUCCUCUGGAAAAAACAGUUAUCGAAGGAAAAAAUCCGGAAAAGACAGCUCCUGAAAAAAUGGCUUCUAAAAAAUCAUGUAAGGAGACACCAAACUUAGGUCAAGCAGAAGCCGCUAAUCAGAACGUCGUGGUUGCUGUAGAGGACCAGGUUCUGAAAGUAUUGGCUGCGGCAACGAGCAGUCGGAAACAUUCACAAGAUCUCACAAUAACGUCCGUCAAAGUUAUCGAUAACAGGGCUCAAACGCGAGAAAAACGGAACAAACAGUUUAGAGAGUCUGUUAAAAAGUCACUAAACACACAAAACUGGACUGCCGCCGAAGGUGAAAAGCAAGCGAGGACGUCAUCCGCUGCUCGAAGUCAUCAGGCGUCGAAGCAGCAGUACAGCCUUUCGAAAUCUCGGCAAGCCCAGUCGAAUACCGUUUAUGGUGGAUACUCUGAAGGUUGUCAAAAUAGGUGCCUGGAUUCAGAUCUCGAAGAGCUGUCAUAUUUAAUAUCACAGGGAUCGCUUGUUGCGUUGCUGUACUGUUUUUUGAAUAACGAAGUGCAGUCAGAGGUCAUUCGCCUGCUUCCACAAAGUCUGAAGGGCAAAAUGUCAUUUCUAACUCGAAGGCCGAGGACGUGCCAGUCAUCGGCUAACUACUCUAAAAGAGAUUCCAUCUUGCCGCAUGUCGUCAGGACUAAAUUUUCUCAGUGUCUGCCAAGGCAUCAUUCAAUGGAAGCGCAUAAUAGUAAAAGACCCAUUUUGUCGUCUGCGGGGCCCGGCGCACAUACAAUGAGCGUCGGCAACCAAUGCAGGGCGGUUCAACAACGAAAGAAGAACUGGAGCAAACCUGUCUUUGCUCUCUAGAUAACAGGAGCCCCCCUUUGAGAGCAGCGAACGCCAGCCUUCACAAGGACAAACAAGGUCAUUCGAAUGGAGAUGUAAGUGG